ACAAUUAUUCCAUCCCACCUUUUCGAUCUCUCUCCCUCUAUAUAUGCGAUUACAUAUACAAAUCCCAAACCAAAUAAUCCCACACCCCAUCUCCCAACUAUUUCAAACCCAAAUUGCAAGCAAGGAAUAGCUUAUUAUACUUAAUACAGUACGUAGGAGUUAGGAGUAGGCUUAAAGACAAGCCAUGGCAGCCGUACGCGUGAAAGAAGCAGUAGUACUAUUACUACUACUAACGGUGGCUGCUCUCCUCCUCCUAAUUAGCAGCUGCGCCGCCGCCACCAUCACCGCCGCCGCCGCCACCACCAUCACCAAUUCUACAACUACUUCCCCAACGUACCCUGAUUUUCAAGAGCUGAACGUGAAAGAAACAAUCAUGGCGUUUCAAAUAAAUAGCAGGGCACCUAGGGCUGCAUACAACUUCACCAGAAGUACCACCACCGGCAGCAAAUUAAAUGAUGAUGAUGAUAAAGAUGAAUUAGAUCAUGAAGAAGAAGAAGAUGAAAGAAGCACUAAUGGCGGAUCCGGAGGAGGAAAAUGGAAGGUGAAGGUGGUUCACAGAGAUAAGAUGUCGUCGCAAUAUUCAAACAGGAAUGGGAAUGGCGGCAGCCAUACGUCUCAUAGGCACCUUUUCCGUGCACGCAUGAAAAGGGAUGCCAAAAGGGUUGCUAGCCUCACGAGGCACCUCCUCAACUGCUCAAACUCAGAGUUAGAGUCGUUGGAUUUUGGGUCGGGGGUGGUGUCGGGUAUGGAGCAAGGGAGCGGAGAAUACUUCGUGAGGAUAGGAGUGGGGAGCCCGCCACGAAACCAAUACAUGGUGAUUGACUCCGGCAGUGACAUCGUGUGGGUUCAGUGCCAGCCUUGUACCGAGUGUUACCACCAGUCCGACCCUAUCUUUGACCCCGCCCGCUCUGCUUCCUAUUCUGGCGUCUCCUGUGCCUCCUCCCUCUGCGGCCGCCUCCAGAACCCCGGUUGUCACUCCGGUCGAUGCCGCUACGAGGCCUCCUACGGCGACGGAUCCUACACCCAGGGCACGCUUGCCCUGGAAACUCUUACCUUGGGCCGUGCGCUCAUCCGAAACGUAGCCAUCGGCUGCGGCCACAUGAAUCGCGGCAUGUUUGUGGGAGCCGCUGGUCUCUUGGGCCUUGGAGGCGGGCCCAUGUCUUUUGUCGGUCAGCUCGCCGGCCUGACCGGAGGUGCCUUCACUUACUGUUUAGUCAGCCGUGGCGGCCGCUCUAGUGCUACAAGUACUAACGUAGCCGGCGGAGGAGGAGGAGGGUCCCUGGAGUUCGGUCGUGGGGCGAUGCCCGUGGGUGCUUCGUGGGUCCCGCUGAUCCGGAACCCGCAGGCCCCGAGUUUCUAUUUUGUGGGGCUGGCGGGUCUUGGAGUUGGAGGGAUGCGGGUACCCAUAUCCGGAGAUGUAUUCGGCCAAACCGAGUUGGGGUACGGAGGGGUUGUGAUGGACACGGGUACCGCCGUGACGAGGUUCCCUACGUUGGCUUACGAGGCCUUCCGCGAUACCUUUCUUCAGCAGACGGCCAGCCUCCCUCGGCUGUCGACGGGAGUGUCCAUUUUUGACACAUGCUAUGACCUGAACGGCUUCGUGUCGGUUCGGGUGCCGACCGUGUCGUUUUAUUUUUCGGGUGGGCCCAUUCUAACGCUUCCGGCGAGCAAUUUUCUGAUUCCGGUGGACGACAAAGGCACUUUUUGCUUUGCAUUUGCUCCUUCGCCAUCCGGACUUUCCAUAAUAGGCAACAUCCAGCAAGAGGGCAUCCAAAUUUCAUUUGAUGGAGCCAAUGGUUUUGUAGGUUUUGGACCUAAUGUCUGCUAAACUAUUUAUUAGUUAUAUUUGGUACCUAGCAGCUCCUUUUUUCUCCUUUUUUUUUCCUUUUAAUUUUGAUAUUGUACUAGAACAUAUGCUUAAAUUCAAGUUCAACUACUAUAUUAUUUGGACAAAGGUAUAUAUUGAUUUCAAUGAA